AUGGCCGCGCUGCGCUCUGAUUGGCUUGUUUGUCACGUGGUGCUGCGAGGUGGUGGAUACAAAGCGGAUAUAAAUGAGAGUUCUGCAGAGAAACAAGCGCGAGAGGAUAUAAGACAAGGUCUUCUGUCUUUUGCUGUACCUGUAAAACACCAUCCCGACAAAUUUGUGGUGGGUUGCGGUACAAACAUUUUAAUUAUCAAAUGGGAUAGUUCCACUCAUGCGGGAUCUUGUCGGCAUUAUUUCUUAAAAUCGCCGCACCAACCUCCUCAUGACCCCCUCCCCGAAGGCAACAGAGUGAGUUUUGGAACUGUCGAUAGUUCGGAAAAACUAUGGUUUGCGACGACAAACGAUAAUCCGGAGUAUAGUACACUGAAUUUGGGAAGUGUGUACUAUUUAGAUCAGAAUACGAUUCUUGAAAAAAAAAUUUCUGCACUUCCUUCGGUCACUGGUGGAUUUGUAGGAGACCAUACUUUCACUGAAGGCAGUGAACAUUCACCGCCUGACAGAAUUUAUUACGCCGAUACUCUGAACCACGAAAUCAUAGGAUAUGACGUUACGAUAGAACAUGGAAGUCUUUUUUUAGAAAGAAGAGAAGUAGUGUUUAACUUUCUACAACAUGGAGUACGAGGCUCUCCGGGUCGUAUCGCAAUUGACACAGGAGGUUCGCUCUGGGUACCUCUUCUUGGAGGUGGUGGAGUGAUUGAAUUUAAUCCAAUUCAGCAAAGGGUGGUUCAGUUUAUUCGAAUACCUGCAGCCCAAGUCGGAGCCUGCACUUUCGGAGGUCAUAACUGGGAGACUUUAUAUGUAUCAACAAUAAGAUAUGAAUUCAAAGAACCUCAUGGACAACGUCCACCACGCGAUAAGGGUGGUCAUCUCUACGCUAUUCACGGUCUUGGCGUGAGAGGAGUACCUACAAGCGAGUACAUCUUGAAUAAACGUGUACUAUUUGAAGCCUUUGCAUUUUUAGAUAAUUACAGGCCCAAUUAUCGUCGGAGAAGAGAUUCCACAGUCAGGGGCUCUAGUGGUGAGGGAAAUUCUGGUACGUUAUAG